UUUUUUUUAAAUUGUUUUUUAUAUUACGUAACAUUAUAAGCCAAUCAAAUAUCUAAUUUAUAAAAUUUAUUAAAAAAACGGACCUCGCCCCGCAUUUUCACUUACUUGACUGGAAAUACUAACACGCUUUUACAUCGUUUAGAAGCGGAUAAAAAUGGCCAAAGCAUUUAUUCAAAAGCCUGCUCCACAUUUUGAAGGUACUGCUGUAUCACCGUCUGGAGAUUUUAUAGAAGUCAAACUUUCAGACUAUAAAGGCAAAUAUCUAAUAUUCUUCUUUUAUCCUCUUGAUUUCACAUUUGUAUGCCCCACUGAAAUAAUCGCUUUUAGCGAUCGAGUGAAAGAGUUUAAUGCAAUUAACUGUGAGGUGUUAGCAUGUUCAGUUGACUCGCAAUAUUCUCACUUGGCUUGGACCAAGCAACCAAGAAACAAAGGUGGUCUAGGAAAUAUGAAUAUACCUAUCCUAUCAGAUUUAACAAAACAAAUUUCUCGAGACUAUGGUGUUCUUCUAGAAGAUGCAGGAAUUUCUCUUAGGGGUUUGUUUAUUAUUGAUGACAAGGGUAUUUUACGACAAAUUACGGUGAAUGAUCUUCCUGUCGGUAGAAAUGUGGAUGAAACUCUUCGAUUAGUACAAGCGUUUCAGUUUGUUGAAAAACACGGUGAAAACUGUCCUAUUAAUUGGACUCCAGGUGCAAAAGCGAUUAAACCUGGUGUGAAAGAUUCAGAAGAGUAUUUUUCUUCCAUUCAAUGAACAAAGUUACCAGAAUAUAUUUUGAUAUUUUUAGAAUUUUCUUUUGUAAAUUUUUUGUUGUUGUAAUUUUGUUAAAAAAGAUUAGUUUUUCAGUUCUUA